AUGCGUCUGACCAAGACGUCGCUGGGCACCAAGUUCUUCUAUGAAAAUGGCACACAGUUUUUCAUCAAGGGCAUCGCAUAUCAGCAGGAGUUCGGCGCAGCCGGCACCGGCGCAUCCAAGAACACCAAAUAUGUCGACCCUCUCGCCAACCCGGCUGCCUGCAGACGCGACGUUCCGCUCCUGAAGGCUCUCAGGACGAACGCGAUCCGGACGUACGCGAUCGAUCCUACAGCCGAUCAUGAUGAGUGUAUGAAGCUGCUCGAUGAAGCAGGCAUUUAUGUCAUAAGUGACUUGAGCGAGCCAACACUCUCCAUCAACCGCGACGAUCCCAGAUGGGACGUUGAUCUCUACAAGCGCUACACGGCUGUGGUCGACAGCCUCAGCAAAUACAGCAAUGUCAUUGGUUUCUUCGCGGGUAAUGAAGUGACCAACAACAACACGAACACCCAAGCGUCUGCAUACGUCAAGGCCGCCGUGCGCGACACCAAGGCGUAUAUCAAGAAGAAUGUCAAUCGCUGGAUGGGUGUCGGUUAUGCUGCGAACGACGAUCCAGAUAUUCGCGAGGACAUCGCUCAUUAUUUCAACUGCGGUGAUCAGGACGACGCCAUUGAUUUCUGGGGUUACAAUAUCUACUCGUGGUGUGGCAAGAGCUCGAUGGAGAAGUCUGGUUAUGACAAGCAGGUUGAAUACUUCCGGAACUACUCCGUCCCUGUCUUUUUUGCCGAGUAUGGCUGCAAUUUGCCUAAUGGCGCGGAUGGUCGCAUCUGGGACGAGACCGUCGCCCUCUAUUCGGAUGAGAUGACAGAUGUCAUUUCGGGCGGUAUCGUCUACAUGUUUUUCCAGGAGGCCAACGACUACGGCUUGGUCACCCUCAAAGGUGACAAGGUUUCGACGAUGAAGAAUUACGAUGCACUCAAGACAGUCAUGGCUACUGUCAACCCCUCAUCAACGUCGAUGGAUGCGUACACGCCCACCAACUCGCCAGCCGCCUGCCCGGAGAUUUCUAAAAACUGGAAGGUAAAGGGCUCGGCACUUCCGCCAACUCCGGAUGAGUCGCUCUGCGAGUGCAUGUACGAUCAGCUUUUGUGCGUCCCUGCUGAGGACCUCGACCCCGAGGAUUAUGGCGAGAUCUUCGGUUACAUCUGCGGCGAAACGCCCGAGGCUUGCGUCGGCAUCAGCGGGAACGCUACCUCCGGCGUCUAUGGCGCUUAUUCUAUGUGCUCUGCCAAGCAGCAGCUCGGUUACGUUCUUGAUGCCUACUACAACGCUCAGAAUCGUGCCCAGUAUGCGUGUGAUUUCAAUGGCAAGGCUGUUACUCGUACGACCAGCGGCAAGGUUGAUGCGUCGUGCGGUGCUGCUCUGGAGAGUGCCAGUGCUGCCAACAGCUAUGCUGCCACGGCGACCAGUGAGCCUGAUGCUGAGGAAAGCAGCAAUGCCGCAAUGCCUGGUCAGAUGCCGCGGGCAUUUUUUGCUCUCGGCGAUCUCGUUGUGGGUGCCUAUGUCCUGGUUGCUAUGGCGGUUGGCGCCAGCAUGGUGCUCUUGUAA